CAGCGAUCCCUAGCUCGCUCGGAUGCAGCGAAGUUCUUCUCGCGCGCCAGAGGAGAGGAGAUCGAGCGAGGAGGUGGCGCAGAGCGAGCAUGGCGCACAAGACACGAUAGACACGCGAGAUAGCGGCCAGGCCGCCACCAGUGCUGAAGUGUCCGCAGAAACCACGGCCCAGCCACAGCAGAAGGCCGUAUCACCAUCCCCUUCCCCCUCCCCCUCCCCUCCCCACCACCCCCCUCACCCCCCUCACCAGUCGUCCGAAGCGUCGGAGGAAGAGACCCUGCUGCAGAAGUCCAAGUUCCUCUCACAGGACGCCCACGCGCACACGGCGGAGGAGCCGCUACCCGUGGGCGACGGCCACUUCACGCAGCCAUCGCAGUUCGGCGGGGGUGAGUCGCUGAGCCCACUCAUGGCGCAGCUCUCGCUUGCCCGCGACCGCAGCGGGCCUGACCCGCAUGAUGUGUUGAAGUGAGCGCCACACACACACACACACACACAAUAUACCCGCAAAGAUGAUGCGUGGUUGUCGGUGUGUGGGGAUGUGUGUGAUCUGCACACAGGUGGACGGUGGACGACACUGCGUCGUGGCUGGGUCAGAAUUCGCUGGGUUUGCUGGCUGACAAGUUCCGCGAGCACGGUAUCUCGGGUGACGUGUUGUUUGAGGUGACCCGUGAGGACCUGGCAGAGAUGGGCAUCACAUCGGUGGGCGACCGCCGCCGACUGCUCAGGGCCAUCGACCAGCUCAAGAUCGACGCAAACGCCAGGGCCAGCUACUCGGUCGACCUGGCCGUUGUCGGGUGAGUGAGCUGAGGCAGCGAGGAGGAGGAGAAAUGACCUGAAAUGACCUGACCACACCCCGCACCCCGCUCGAUGCACCACGAAGUCUCGACGUGUGGCUUAUGUUUGUGUGAUAGGUGUUCGCCGUUGGUGUAUGUCGACCCUGGCACAGGGGCGUUCAACCCGCUAGACCUGCUCGACGUGGACAGCGAGCAGGAGCUGCUCGUCCGGGCCAUGACGGACGCAAAGCGGUCGUGCUCAUACCUCUUCUCGUACGGCACCGCUGAGUCACUGUCGCACAUCAUGCAGCUGGGUAAGUGAGUGAGCACAAGAAGGCGCACAGACGCACGUGGGUGAUGGUUUGCUGUGCGUGUAUGUGUGCAGGUUGUCAGGUGCUGCAUUUCACUGGCCACACGACGCCCGAGGGCAAGCUGCUGCUCGAGAACUCCUCGGGGGGCGCCACCGAGCUGCAGGCCGACUCACUCUGCGACCUCUUCAGGUGAGAUGGCAGCGGUUUCCAGCCGUCUGUCAGUCAGAAUGGGCCUCAUGUGUGUUGUGUGUGGGUGGUGUGUUGGUGUUGGUGUUGGUGUCAGGUCGCCUGGCCCGUCGAGUUUUGUUCAGCGCGGCACGUCGUGCCAGUGCGUGGUGCUCAGCAGCUGCAACUCGCGAGCCGUCGCAUCCGCAUUGUAAUCACCACCACCACCACACAACGCAAUAAACAAGACCUAGGCAGCAGUCGCGUGUGUGUGUGUGUGUGUGUGGAUCGGCCGGUCAGUCUGGAUGCGGGAGCUCAGCACGUGGUUGCGGUAGAGACGGAUCAGAAGGUGUUGGACACGGCCGCCCGCAAGUUCGCCUACGCCUUCUACCACUCUUUGUUGGUCGGCAACUCCAUCAAGCAGUCCUUCAAGCACGCCUGCUGGCUCGUCAGACACUCGCCGGAGAUCCCCUCGCCACAGCAAGAGGUACCUACACACCUCUCACACGUGUGCGCGAGGGCAUGGUUGAUGCGUGUGCUGUCUGUUUUGGACAGUCGAACAAGUUUGUGUUGCUGCCGGCGGCUGCCGACCACUCGGAGGUGCUCUUCUCAUCACUGCCGACGGGGCUCUUCGUCGACAGGUAUAUCUGGCGUAAAGUGGUGCUUGUGGAAACGUGUGAAUGUGUUGUGUGUGGUGUGGUGUGGUGUGCGCAGGUCGAUCCGUCGUGCGACGGCGAAUUUGCCGCACAUCAACAUGGAUUUGGUGGUGGGGCGGCAGGUGGAGAUGUGGGAGGUCAGCAGGGCCAUACAGUCGCCAAAACGAUUCAUAGUGGUACGUGAGCAACCCCCACCCACACACACUGAUGCCCAGAACACUCCUCAUCGUUUAGUGUGUGUGUGUGUGUGUGUGUGUAGAUUGUGGGUGCUCCAGGCAUCGGCAAGUCCACCCUUGCAUGUGUAGUGGCGCAGUAUGCUUGGUACGGCGCACACCACACGCCAGGCACACUCCCUCCCUCCCAUAAAGAGCCCGCCUCACUGUGCGAGUGGUGUCUGUGUCAUGACGUCGUGCCCCACAAACGUCAGGAAGCGGAAUUGGUUUCCCGAGGGCGUGUCGUGGAUGCCGCUCAAGGGCCUCAAGUGGGUCGAGGGCGUCAGCGGCACGGCGUGCUCCACUCUGGGGGCGUCGUCUGACCCCGACACACAGCAGCCACUGCCGCACAUCAACGGCAAGAGGCUCAUCGUUUUCGAUAACGGUGGGUAAAAUGCGGUGCGGUGCGCCCCAGGGGUUUGUGCGUGUGUGGUGUUGUAUGCUGGAUCGGGUGUGUUGUUGGCUUUGUUUUGUUUCAGCUGAGGAUUUGCUGCGUCGGACGCCGCGGCGGUUUCUGGCGUGGGUGGUGCAGCUGCUGGACUCAUGCCCGCACCUCAAGAUCCUCCUAACAUCGCGACGAAUCAUCAAACCGGCCGGUCAGACAGACAGACAGACAAACCUACUGUACCGACACAGGGAUAACGUGUGUGCGUGUGUGUGUGUGUGUGCAGAUUUGCCCGAGAAGUGUCCGUUGGUUCCGAAGCACAUCCAUUUGCGUGAGCUGGACCGCACCAACUCUGUCCGGCUGCUGCGGCAGCUCUGCCCCAACAUGGACGUCGAACCAGCCGCCAGAAUUGGAGACCUCUGCGGACACCUGCCACUCGGUAGGUUACCAUAACCAACUCACACACACACACACCCCCCACCAUCUCCCCCUCUCUCUCACUUGUGUGCUUCAUUCAUGUGUUCAUUCAGCGUUGCGUGUGAUCGGCCGUCUGCUGGGCAGCCGUCCUGACAUGACGCCUGAGUCAGUGGCGGCAUCGCUUGAGAGGGACUCCGACCACGACCUGACCCUGUCGCUCUCCGAGUACGCGGCCUGCGUGCAGCCGUCGGUGGAGGCCCUCGCGGAGCCGCUGCGGCAGGCCCUGACGACGCUGAGCAUCUUCAUCGGGCACUUCACGCUCGAGGGUGCGAGUGCGUUGCUCAACGAGGACUUCGAGCACACCCGUCAGAUCCUGGGCCUGCUUUUCGAGAGCAAGCUGGUCGAGUUCGAGAGCACCAUCAACAGCUACUUCGUCCACACGCUCAUCCGGAUCUACCUCAAGAAGGCCCCGCUGCCCCAGCAGCCCUCGCUGCGUGCCGAGAUCCGCUGCAGGUUCGUCCUCUACAUCACUCAGGUCAUGUGGCGGGUCGCCCACCACUACGAUCUCAUGACCAAGCAGCAGGCGCACGAGAAGCUCUACACCCACCAGCACCCUCAGACACCCGCCACCACCACCAGCAGCGCAACUGUCGCCCCAUCCCCUGGCCCCGCAGCCACCCCGGGCACCGCCAGUGGCCACCACGGCGGCCCCGCGCCCUCGUCGCCGUGGGCGGCCGGGCAGGCCGCGCUGCGGCUCUUCGAUCGCGAGCGGCCCAACAUCGAGCUGGCCCUCGACCUGGCGGGCUUCACGCCUGCCUUUUUCGCGCUGCUGCAGCUGGGCAAGGAGGUGUUCAAGCGGCGCUUCGAGGCCAUGCGGCGGGUGGAGCUGUACGAGCGUGCCUUGGGGAUCAUCAUCGCCGAGCUGAUAGGGCAGAAGAUGCCGAGUGAGAGGCCGGGAGAGGUGGCUGGGGGGAUGGGGGUGGGGGUGGUGUCCCGUGCGGCAGACCAUGAGGGCGCGAGCGACAGGCUGGUGAGGAAAAGCAAUGACAGCGCAGGCACUGCCAAGGCUGCACAGGUGAGAGGGGAGGGAGUGGGGGAGGGUGGACGGGACGGGCCGCAACAGUGCAUCUCACUGGUUGGUUCCGUGCAUGUGUUUGUCAUUCUGGUCAGAAUGAGAUCGAGAUGGCGAGCCUUGUCAAUCCUGACAUCGACUACGACCUGCUGGCCGACCUGGCCAGCUCCACCGGGGUGGUGCCGCAGCCCGACCCUGCCACCGCCGCCGAACACCCAUUCCAGAUGAGCAACACCAUCCUCGGCAAACUCGACAUGUCACAAACGGUGAGCAGCAGAACCGACCAUACCAUCAGACAAUAGUCGUUCUCGCUCUAUGUCUGUGUACCUGUUGAUCAAUCAGUUGGAGGCGCCCGUCACGUCCCCCUCUCGCGAGAUCACCCCCGAGGCGUGCUUCCCGCCCUCAUUCUACCUCCUCUCGCCCUCAGACGAGCUAGACGCCCCGGAAGACCUCCCGCCCCCCGUCGGCGGCCACACACACGCCGGGCAGAAGACCACCAUCAAGCUGGGCGAGCACCACUACCUCUACCUCCCCUUCCCGGCUGCAGCAGACAGCCACGCCCACGCCCACACCCACACACCACCUGCUGCUGCUGCUGCUCCAGGGGCUGGUAAUGGUGGCGGCCACUCGAGGGACACAUCGAUGCUGGCGGCUGAUGCGCUGGUCAACGCACUGCAGAGCGGCAAGGCCACGAUGGAGGACGCCUGCCGGCGUGCGGCCGAGGGCACCAUGGUCUUCUUGUCGGCGCAGCUUAACGUCAAGCGGCGGCCUGACUUUGACGGCGGGUGCAUCAGCAGCGAGCAGCUCAGCAGGGACAGGCUGCGCAAGACCCUCACCGAGUUCGCCGCCACGUACAUGCAGCGGUCCCUCAGCACGGGGGUGGGCGACAUCGAUAGAGACAUGCCGCCUCCUCUCUCGCUCGACCGUGACGUGAGCGCCCUUUCUGCGCUGUCAAACCACAGCCGCGUGAGCCGCCUGACCGCGCCGACUGAGGGAUGGUGGUGGGACAGAGACGCCACAACCACAACCACACCAGCAGCCGAGGGGCCUUCCUCUCCCAUCCCCGACGAGCCAUCCGCAGCCACAGCCACGGCCACGAGCACGGCCAGCAGUGGGCGGUACAAGGUGUUGUCGGACAUCCUGUUCCAGCUGGGCUACGCCUACCGCGACAUGGGCCUGGUCUCCCAUGCCGCGGCGCUGGUCAAGGUGGCCAUGAACCUCGUCCCAGUCCCCGUCGACACCCUCUCGCGCGAGAGCAGCGACGCCCGACACGACCAGCCGCAGCCGCACCCCGUCUGCUGCAGCACGGCCAUCAGUGGCGCCGGGAGGGGCUCCCCACGACACGGCAGGGACAGGUGCAUGCUGGCGGGGCGCCCGGAGAUCCAUGUCGUCGCGGCGGAGGAGGAGGCCACCCAGCCGGCGGGGGCUGCCGAGGGCCACGAGGAGCUCGCGCAUCGGGGGGUGCACGAGGAGAGGGAAAGCCGCCGCACCGUCAGCCCGGCCUCCGAGCAGUCGGCCAGGUCGAGCGACGGCGUCCCCGCGACAAUCAGCACGGUGGGCGGCGUCGACAGCGAGAGGGAGAGGCGGCGGAUCAUGGCAACGCACCGGUCCGAGAUGGCGUCGCUCGAGGCCAAGCUCAUGUGCGACCUGGGGUAUUAUGACGAGGCAGGCCGGUACUUCCAGGAGGCCCUCGACAUAGUGGAGGCGGUGGGGGCGCCCGUGGCGCAGAGCGAGAUGCACGCCCGGCUGCUGUUUGCCCUGGCGGUGUACUGGUGGGACUACCGGCACAACGCCUCCAUGGCCCAGCAGUUCUACCUCAGGUGUCUGGAGCUGCGGCAGCGGCUCAACCCUGGCGGCCUGCAGACCGCCCACACCAUGACCAGCUUCGGCGUCGUCUGCGGCAACUGUGGCGAGCUAGAAGCCGCCAGAAAGUCAGUAUGCCGUCGAAACGCCGUACACGCAAUCCGUUUUCCACCUCUGUCUCCGUCUGCCCCUCUCUCUGUGUGUGUUUGCAGGUUGUUGGAGUGUUCGCUGCAGAUCAAGCGUCGCCAGCUGGGCCGCAACCACCCUGAGGUGGGGUUUGCUUACCACGACCUCGCGACGGUCAUGGUGGCCAAGGGCGACUACCGCAAGGCCGAGUGCCUCUUCAAGAAGUCCCUGGCGCUGAAGCAGCAGGUGCUGCCCGAGUACCACCUCAAGAUCGCCGAGACCGUGCACAGGCUGGGGCUGCUCUACGAGACCCAGAAGAGAUUCAGAGACGCCGUCCCGCUGUUCAGGUGAGCGAGCAGACAGACAGCAGACACUGGCUGGCAGGCGGAGAGGGAGGUUUCUGGGCUCAUCUGUGGUGUGUGUUCCGUCCCGUCUUGUGUGUGUUUCAGGCAGAGUCUUCGUGCCUACGAGAUCGCAGGGGCGGCAGCGAACUUCGCCGACUCGGCUGCAGAGCUGGGUGCGACCCUGCUGCGGCUGCUGCCGACCCCCUCGUGUGGCGAGGAGGCGGACGGCCGCGUCCCGCUGGUUAUCAUCAACACCGUCACAAACGCCACCACGACCCAUGACGAGCAGCACACGGAGCGACACACCCUGCUGGAGGAGGCCUCCCUGCUGCUGCAGAAGAGCCUCGAAGUGCGGGUGCGUGACCAGCCAGCCACACCACACCACACCACACACACAACGCAUCGAUCGUCCACAGCGCCAUUUCCUCGUUCGCUGUGUGUGUGUGUGUGUGUGUGUGAUGUGCAGCGAUCUCUGCGUAAGGACCCCCACCUGGCGCGCCACCCGAGCAUCGGCUCCAACGACGUCGACGACAGCCUGGUGCUCGCCGCCACGCAGCUCAACGUCGGCUGGAUCCUCCUGGAGAAGCACCAGCCCAGAGUGGCCGAGGACUACAUCCGCUCGGCACUCGAGCAGCUCGAGCAGCUCCGCGACUACAUCCCCACCAUCCUCCCGCCCGCGCCGUCGCCCGAGUUCGGCGCCAGCGCCAUCGACCGUGGGAUGCCCACGCUCGACCUCCCGUCGACCUCGGACAAGGGCGGCGAGGCGGUGGGCGAGGAGAUCGACCCGUCGUACUACGACCAGGUGGAGAGGGAGAGGAUGCUGGCCCGAGAGGAGCUCCUCGGCAAGCUCAGGCAGUGCAAGGCCGAGCUCUGCCGUGGCUACUUCCUGCUGGGGCGGUGUCUCUACGAGCCCACCACAGCCGCAGCCACAACCACCACCGCCCCCAGCUACGCAUUCGGCGAGCAGACGGAGGGUCAAACGUUGCCAGGAUCCGACGAGUUCCACUGUGCGGGCGAGAUGCUGUUGGCGGUGUGCCGCGACAACUGUGAGGCGCGCGAGCGGCAGGUGGCGAGGCAGCGGUGCGAGAAGCAGAAGGUGCUGGGGUGGCAGGCCAAGCUGCAGGCGGUGUUUCUGAUCCUCAAGAAGGAACAGGGCCUGGGCAGCAUGGCCAAGCUGGGCCCUGUCGAGGAGGACGAGGACGACCAUCACCUGGGGACUGCCGACGGCCUCGGGGGUGGCGGUGGUUUUGGCGGUGGGGGGCCGGCAGAGACUGAUGGAGUGGCACCUUUACCGCUAGGUGGGUCACCCAACCAACAGCACAGAACCAGUGAGCCCUCGUGUGUCUCAUGGUGUGGUGUCUUGUGUGCAGUGUCUGAGGAGAUCACUGUGUUGGGCCGGUUUCUCAACCACGACCUCCACGCAGCCAUCGCAGCCAUCAUGACGCCCCAACAGACCGACAUCGACACCACCGGUGCGGCCACUCUCCAGCUGCCCCAGGCAGCAGCAGAAGCCGAGACAGAGCGGCCCUCGUCGAUCCAAGCAGAGGGGCCGCCUUCUCGGCUGGCCGCUGCGGCCAAUGCCGUGCUGUCGCCCUCCAGGGGCUCCUGCGUGCCGCAGUUUGGUUUGACUGGCCAGCCCACCCCCACACGCACACGGCACCCCGGUGGUGGUGUUGGUCGUGAUGCCGUGUUGGUGCCCAUGGGUGUGGAGCACCGGCAGAGCAGCAUCGAGGAGGAGCCGGAGGCUGAGAAGGACUGAUUGAUGGACAGACGACAGAAUGUAGUGUAGCUGGCUGCCCAAUGAAGUGACGCCUGUCGUCUGCAGGAGUGCAGGAGAGCAGUGAAGUGUGGAUGUGUGUGUGUGCGUGCGUGUGUGUGGUGGGGGUCUGGGUGGAGUGGAGAGGCCAUGUUUCGUACUUACACACGUGCCCCUAAUUGUGUGCGGCAGUCAAGUGAGUGGGAGGGUGUGCACGCUUUCAGAGCGCUCGUGCGCCUUCUCAUCGCUUGGCCUGGCUGCUGCAGUGAGUGCAGUGCGUUGUCUGUCCAUUGUACGUGUGUGUAUCUUCUUCCUUCCUGUGCCUUUCAAAGAAAGAACUUGAAGACGGAGCGUGUUUGUGUUGUGUUUGCAGGUAGGUAGGUAGGUGUAGCUUGAGCUUCAUGCUGUGCGCUCGGUUGUUCGGUGGCGGCUGGGUGACGCCAGCCUCCCUCCCGUAUGGACUGGGCUCUUUCUUUUCGGCUGGCUGACGGGCACACAUGUUCCACAGGGAGGGGAGGAAGGCCACACGCUCACGGAGGUCAUGUAUGUGCCAUGCAGCACAUCCUUUACCCACUCGUCGACGUGUGAGUGUGAGUGUGAAUGUGUCUGGGUGUGCUGUACGUUCAUCGUGUGUACAGCGACCACAUGGAUGCCACACAUUCACACGCAUCCAUCCAUACAUGAGUUGCUGCCUUGCGUGGUGGUGGCCCUCACAAAGUGACCGGCCUGCAUGUGGGGGGUGGAUGCAUCAAAGCGUGUCGAUCUCGUGUGUGUCUGCUGUGUGUUAACGCUCCCGUUCACUGUGUGAGUGUGCAUGUGUGUAUGUGAUGUUGAGCAGACAGAUGAGAGCAGUGGAGUUCUGCGUGUAUGCGUAUCAUCUCUCUGUACGGACACGUGACUGGUUGGCCCGUCGCGAUAAUCACUACUUGUGACCAGCGGUACGGCCGCCUGCCCAUAUUAAAGAAAGAAUCG